AUGGUUGCUACAUCCGCCCUCCUUGCCGGCUUCAUUGCCGCUGCCAGCGCUUCCGUCCUUCACCCUGAAGAUGUCGUCUUCGCUAAGCUCCUGAAGCGUCAAGAGCCCGGCACCCCGGCCUUCAACUGCCACGACAACUGCGGUACCGCUAUCACCUUGUCCAGGCAGCCCAACAAGUGCGACAUUGAGGAGUUCAAGUACGACUAUGCCAACUGCCUCGUAUGCGCCGGCCCCGACAACAUCGACAUCUGGAAGUACUACGGCAGGACCUUGACCAUCGCCGGCACGAGCUGCGGUCUUUCCACCGAGCCCAAGUCUGGCAAGCAGCCUGAUGUUCCCGCAGCCAAGCACCUGAGUACCAACUCUGCUGCUCCUUCUCCCACCCCGACUCCUGAAGCUCCUAAGUCAGAGACCCCCGCCCCGGCUACCUCUGAGAAGCCUACCGAGGCUCCUACCUCUGCUAAGCCUACUGAAGCCCCCUCCGCUUCUAAGCCUACCGAGGCUCCCGCCUCCAGCGCUGCCCCAGCGCCUGCCUCCAGCGGCAGCGUUACCGCAGCUCCUUCAGCUGGAAAGCCUACCUCUGGUGCCCCAGCCUCUAGCUCGGCUUCAUCAAAGGUACAGCCUGCCCCUGCCUACCCCACUAAGAGCUCCGUCGUCGUCCCUGUCUACCCCACCGUUGGCACCACUGCCUCUGGUGCACCCAAGCCGCAUACCAACGGCACUGCGAGCUACACCUCCAAGGUGAGUUCGUUCUUAGACUACUCUUCAUAUGAUCCUCACUAA